AUGGCUUCCCUCCGCGCAGCAGCGCGAUUACGUCCACUCGCCUCGCGACUUCAUCCUCAAACCACACGACACUACGCAUCGGCCGCCGCAGCAAAAGCCUCCUCCUCCUCCCCUUCCAGCGAAUCUCCAUUCUUCCCUGACGAACCGGCUGGACCGACAGUCAAGACUGCUAUUCCAGGUCCGCAGAGCAAGAAAGCGAUUGAAGAUUUGGACAAGGUGUUUGAUACGCGGAGUUUGAACAUGUUGGCGGAUUAUACCCAGAGUUUUGGCAACUACAUUGCUGAUCCAGAUGGAAAUGUUCUGCUUGAUGUAUAUGCUCAAAUUGCUUCCAUCCCAGUCGGAUACAGCAAUCCUCAUCUCCUUGAAGUAGCCGCUUCUAAAGCAAUGGCAUCCGCGAUCAUCAAUCGACCAGCCCUUGGGAACUUCCCCUCCCAUGACUGGGCAUCUAUUCUGCGAACUGGCAUUCUCAAAGUCGCGCCAAAAGGUCUCGAUCAGGUUUUCACUGCAAUGGCUGGAUCCGAUGCAAACGAAACGGCCUAUAAAGCAGCAUUCAUGUACCGUCGCCAACAAGAACGAGGUGGUGCCCACGUAGAAUUCAGCGCCGAAGAUAUCGCUUCCAGCAUGAACAAUCAAGCCCCAGGAGCACCUCAGCUCUCUAUCCUCUCCUUUAAAACUGCCUUCCACGGCCGUUUGUUCGGUUCUCUAUCCACCACCCGCUCCAAACCAAUUCACAAACUCGAUAUCCCCGCCUUUGACUGGCCACAAGCCACCUUCCCACUUCUAAAAUACCCCCUGGAAGAUCACAUCCAAGAAAACCAAAAAGCCGAAGCCGAAGCCCUAGCAGACGUCGAGCGCCUAAUCACAACCCAUCAUCUCCCCCCAUGUGCCGUCGUAAUCGAACCCAUCCAGUCCGAAGGUGGUGACAAUCACGCUUCCCCAGCAUUCUUCCAAGGCCUUCGCACUCUUACAAAAAAACAUAACGUCCUCCUCAUCGUCGACGAAGUCCAGACUGGUGUCGGCGCCACCGGCAAGUUCUGGGCCCACGAGCACUGGAACCUAGAUUCCCCACCUGACAUGGUGACAUUCAGCAAGAAAGCCCAAACAGCAGGAUACUACUUUGGCAACCCAGACCUCCGCCCAAACAAACCAUAUCGUCAAUUCAACACCUGGAUGGGUGACCCUGCUCGCGCCAUCCUAUUCCGCGGCAUCAUCGAGGAAAUUGAACGUCUUGAUCUCGUCAGCAACACGAAGAAUGUGGGUGAGUAUUUGUAUAAUGGUCUCGAAGACCUGGCUAAGAAGUACCCUGGGGAAUUCAUGAAUCUGAGAGGGAAGGGCCAGGGUACGUUCAUUGCGUUUGACAGUCCGAGACGCGAUGAUGUGUUGAGGAAGAUGAAGAGCGUGGGUGUUAAUAUUGGCGGGUCUGGCGAGAAGGCUGUGCGGUUGAGACCGAUGUUGAUUUUCCAAAAGCAUCACGCGGAUAUUUUGUUGGAUGGGUUAGAGAAGGUUGUUAGUGCUUAA